CGAUCCAUCCAUCCGUCGUCGUCUCCCCCCGUUUCCCCCACCCUCGGCUGACGGCUCCCCCUCCCCCUCCCCCUCCCCGAUCCCCUCCCCCGCACGAAACUCAAAGCAUCCCCCGCCGCCGCAGCUCCCCGGAGGAGGAGGCCCCCGCCCCACGCCCCAGCCAGAUCCGAUGGCCAACAGCAACCUCCCCCGGCGAAUCAUCAAGGAGACGCAGCGACUCCUCAGCGAGCCAGCUCCGGGAAUCAGCGCCUCUCCAUCAGAGGAGAACAUGCGCUAUUUCAACGUCAUGAUCCUUGGCCCGGCACAGUCCCCCUAUGAAGGUGGAGUUUUUAAGCUUGAACUCUUUUUACCCGAAGAGUAUCCUAUGGCUGCUCCAAAGGUUAGAUUCCUGACCAAAAUAUAUCAUCCCAACAUUGACAAGCUUGGUAGGAUAUGCCUUGACAUUCUCAAGGACAAAUGGAGUCCGGCCCUUCAGAUCCGGACAGUUCUUUUGAGUAUCCAGGCACUCCUAAGUGCACCAAACCCUGAUGAUCCUCUCUCUGAUAACAUUGCAAAGCACUGGAAAGCCAAUGAGGCAGAAGCUGUUGAAACAGCUAAGGAGUGGACUCGCCUGUAUGCCAGCGGUGCAUAAAACCAACGCUUCUCGUGAUGUAAUAACCUUCAUGCUUUAGCCUUAAUCAAAUGCCAUUUGCUUGAUAAGAACAAACUGGAGAUAUUGGCAGUGGAAGGGAGUUUAAAUGACUACCGCUUGAAUUAUUUGUCUGUAUACAUGUGGUUGGUUCCCUUUACACUAGGGCACCCUUGACUAAUCGGUAUCUGUGGUAGAACUUGCUGCUCCUUCAAUAUAUUUAUUACUUUAUGUUGGAAAA